AUGUUGCAAGACUACACGCCGACAGUGGACAGACCGUUCUUCAACAUAUACCUGUGGUCCCACUUCAAUGAUGCGGCCAGCUAUCUGACCAACGGGAGGUUUGUGCCAGAUGAGUUCCAGUUCUUCCCUGGAGGACCCCCACUAAGUAAAUUCUCGCAUGUCCUCGUCGGCAUCGCCACUUACUACUUGCUGGUCUUCGGUGGUAGAUAUAUGCUGCGCAACACGAGACCUUUCAAGCUGAACACUUUGUUCCAAUGCCACAACUUGUUUCUGACUUCUUUCUCUUUCUUGCUGCUGACUUUGAUGGUGGAACAGCUGGUGCCUCUGCUCAUCAGGCAUGGUCUUUACGAUACCUUGUGCAGUAAGUACGCCUGGACACAGCCACUGAUGACUUUGUACUACUUGAAUUACCUGACAAAAUUCGUCGAAUUCAUAGACACUUUGUUCCUGGUGGUCAAACACAAGAACUUGACCUUCUUACAUACUUACCACCACGGCGCCACAGCAUUGCUCUGCUACAUCCAACUGGUAGGCCACACCACCAUCGCUUGGGUGCCAAUCACUUUGAACUUGGGCGUACACGUCGUCAUGUACUGGUACUACUUCCUGGCUGCUAGAGGUAUCAGAGUCUGGUGGAAGGAAUGGGUCACCAGGUUCCAAAUCAUUCAAUUCAUCCUCGACGUGGGCUUCAUCUACUUCGCCGCUUACCAAAAGACCGCUUACAGAUUCUACCCUUCAUGGCCCCACUGCGGUGAUUGCGUAGGUACUUUGACUUCUAAUUAUUCGGGCUGCGCAAUCAUCUCUUCGUACUUGUUCUUAUUCAUUGCAUUCUACAUCGAGGUCUACAAGCGCAGUGGCACUAAGAAACCUGUCACGACAAACAAGAAGAAAAAUUGA